GUGAUCUUUCGCCAUUCGUUUUAUUUUCAUUGCGGCGUCUAAAACUCCUAAAUUCUGACGACACUACUUUCAAAACCAUUCUUGAUACCAAACUAUAUCUUACAAACUGUGUAACGUCAUAUUUACAAUACCGCGCAGAGCAAGUUGCCACCUUUCUAUGUCUGAAUAAAUCCAACGAUGUCGCUAUAUCAUAUAUCUGUAAAAGCAGAGCCUGAUUGGGCUAUAGGAGGUAAUAAUGUGGACCAAAAUGAAAGCCAGCACAGUAUAGAUGGUAGCUCCCAUGAUUCUGACCAAAGAAUUAAAAAAGAAAAUGAAAACUCCGUCAAUGUUGAUAUGAAGCUAGCGGACGGAGAGUGCAGUUCAAAUGAGCCCAUGGCAGCCAAAGUGCCUCGAGAGCCGCUCCGAGUAGCCACACCCGGCUAUCACCGCAGAUGGGCCUGCCCGGAAUGCGGCAAGGUCUCCUGGUCGCCGGCCCACCUCCGCAUCCACAUGCGCGUCCACACCGGCGAGCGGCCCGCAUGCUGCCACGUUUGCGGCGCACGGUUCCGUACACACGGCAACUUGGCGCGCCAUCUGAGAGCUCACACCGGAGAGAAGCCUUUCGCCUGCGAGCACUGUAGCAGAAGGUUCACCCAAAAGUCUGUGCUAAUCAAGCACGUUCGUAUCCACACAGGAGAGACUCCAUAUUCCUGCAAUAUCUGCCACAAACAGUUCUCCCGUAGCUUCACUCUCGCUUGCCACCGUCGCGUCCACGGGGACGUUAAGGAAGAACCCCCUGUAGCACAACUACCACCACCUGCAGAUAAAUGGACAUGUGAUAUCUGCCAUAAAACGUUUAAAAACAAAUCUUAUAAACAUGCACACAUGCUAAUACAUACAAGGACUAAAGAAUUUCAAUGUAAUGUUUGCAAGAAAAACUUUGUAAGUGAAAGUAGUUUAGAAAAACAUCUGAGAAUACAUAAUCAGGUUCAGUGUAGUGUUUGCGAGAAAGAAUUGAAAACUCAAGCUAAUUUAGCGAGGCAUAUGUUAGUGCACACAGGGGAGCGACCGUUCCCGUGUAGUUCUUGUAGUAAAAGAUUUACGCAAAAGUCUGUAUUGAUUAAACAUGAGAGGAUACACACGGGUGAGAAGCCGUACGAAUGUGAAAUGUGUUCGAAGAAGUUUUCUAGAAGUUUUACUUUGGAGAAUCAUUUGAAGCGCAUUCAUGAGAAGGAAAAAGUUGAGAAGAUUGAAAAUGGAAUUACCUCGUCUAAGAAAGAAACUGCUGAGCCUAAAAAAGAAAAUUCUGAAAGUGAAAAGAAAAAGUCUCAACCUAAGACGUCGGAGUGUGAUAUGAAGCCAUUUUGGUGUGUAAACUGUGAUAAUUGGUACAAUAAUAAAGAAUUCUAUAUACAUGAAUGUGUACAAAUAAAUAAAUUGGAAAUGAGUGAUGUUUGUGAAGAUACUGUGCCAGAAAUUGACUAUAGCGAUCGCGAAGAUAAUGAAAGCAGUAAAAGUCAAUUUUUAGAUAUAAAAGAAGAAGUCAACAUAAAACAGACAAAACCCAAUAAUACAAGUGAUCAAUUUAAACAUGAAAAUCGUUUAGAUACUUUACCAACAAACAGUAUAGAAGAAAACAAUUCAACAAUAAAUACUGAUACAGAUAUUUUGAUAGACAACGAAAAUAACCAACCAACAGAAAGCAAUGGAAAAAUAGCAAAAGUUCGCAAAAAAUGGACGUGCAAGCUUUGUAAAAAAACAUUUAAGAAACAAACGCAAUACCGAAAGCAUUUAAAAGCUUACGACGCUAAAGAUUACUGCGAAAUAUGUAAAAAGCAUUUUAAUAGCAACGGUAAUCUAAUCAGACAUAUGGUGAUACAUUCUGGCGAGAAGCCAUUCCAGUGCGAGUUCUGUAAGAAGAGAUUCACUCAAAAGAGUGUUUUAAUUAAGCACCAAAGAAUACACACGGGAGAGAUGCCCUAUGCCUGCGAUAUUUGCGGCAAAAAAUUCGCCAGAAGCUACACUCUACUAAACCAUAAGAAAGUCCACAGCGCAGUAAAACCGUACUCCUGCCAAUAUUGCCCUAAAACAUUUACUCAGCGAAGCGCUAUGAUGAUCCAUGAAAGAAAUCACACUGGAGAAAAACCUUUCUCCUGUAAAAUCUGCAACAAACAGUUUACUAGUAACAGCACUUUGACAAAUCAUAAUAAAAUUCAUAAUGGCAUCAAACCGUUUUUGUGUGAGAUUUGUAAUAAACAAUUUACUAGUAGCAGUAAUUUCUAUAGCCAUAUGAGAAUACACAGAGGCGAUAAGAGGCAUACCUGCGGAGUGUGCCAGAAGAAGUUUUACACUAAUAGCAGUUUAACGAAGCAUAAGCGGGUUCAUACUAAUAAGGUAUGUAAAGUGGAAGUGAUACCAGAAGACCCGAGCAAGCCCUACGCCUGCAAGAUGUGUCGGCGGCGCUUCGCUAGCGUGUACCUGUUGGAGCGCCACGCGCGCGGUCACAGCGGGGAGAAACCGUACGAGUGCGACGAGUGUCAUAACAAGUUCGCGCUCAGCGGCGACCUGAACAGGCAUCGGCGGUCGCACAGCGGGGAGAAACCCUACACCUGCGAUAUAUGCAACAAACAGUUCACUAGGAGCGGCACUUUGAAGCACCAUCAGAAGUUACAUGAAACAUCUAUUAGACCCACGUCAACUACACUAUAAACAA